AUGAAUGGCGACAAGGUGACCGUACCCUUUGUGGCCGAUGCUUUGACAGCCUGGUUGGCUCUUGUCCCGGGUGCAGCCGUGCCUAGGAACCCCGAGUUCCAGCGCUCAUGGGACGACGUUAAUUGUAAAGCGACUCUUGAACUGCUUACUGGUGGUGCCACGGGAGUCGAUCUGGCGAGGAUUUUGGCGGUGUCACAGCCUGAAUCCGGGGCGUGGCUGCACGCGUUACCUUCGCCUCAUAUGGGCACUUUACUUGACGGUGACUCUUUGCGGGUGGCGGUCGCCCUCCGCUUGGGCUGCGAUAAUAAAUUUAAAUAUAAUCGCGAUAUCCAACAAAGCUAUUUCCCGAGUAUGUCAGUCCUGCCUAGGGGGUAUGAAUGUUUUCGACCGUGCCCGAGGUACGGUUGUGUGAAAGGCGAAUACAGCAUCUACUACAAGAGGCCAAGGUGCGGCCAACCCAGACCUCAGCCCUUCCAGAGAGAAGCUACUGCCUAUUGUUCCGCACCCAGUAACGCUCCUGUAGAAAGGCCCUGCUGUUACGACUUCCCGUGUAAAGCGCAUUGCUUCAACCAUGGUGCAUGUACGCGGCCAAGCGGACGAUACGCUCGCACCGUUUGGUACCCUGGCGAGUGCUGUCCUGUAGUGCCUCCAUGCCAAGCCUUCACCUGCCCCAACCCACCGUACCACCCCUGUUGCUACCACACUUGCAACAAACUUGUAUGA